CCAUGCGCGCGGGGGCAAGCGCCUCGAGAGGAGGAUGCGAAGUACGAUUUGCCGCCAGCGGGUCUCGACUCGGAUGAGGAAAAGGGUGGGGGCAGAAAAAGACGAAGACAAGAGCGGCGAUGGGCUCAAGAUGCUCUACGGGACGACGAGUACAUCGAAAUGCUUGAAAACGAGGCCACGAGGAAAAGAAAGAAGCAACUGCCAGAAAUCAGCAUCCAGCCCCGGCAGCCGAACGAGAGCAUGAAGGCAUUCCAACACCGGGUUCGCCAAGACUCGAAAGCCCUCCUUCGAGAGAGCAACCUGGCCAACAGCACCACCAAGGCUCGCCGUCGCGAGUAUCUGAGAAUAAGGAAAGCGAACAAGAAACGCAAAGCCCAGGGCCUGCCUCCCUUGCCUCACCGCUCGAGGGGCCAGGAGGAAUGCGACGGACGAGAAAAUCAAGGAGGCUUGAUGGACCCCGCGCCCUCCUUCGCGGCCGCCGAGACCGUGCCGUUCGGACAGACCAAUGACGCGCCUCCCGAUCUCCACCUGCCCCGCUUGCCGGACAAGCUUAAGGCUGGGGCGAGACCAAUCGACGGGCGCCACGGUCAAGCCCCGCAGAGACCCGGCGGGAGGAGACAGGAACUGAAGGCAAAUGAGAGCGGAGAGAAGGAGGGGCCAGUUGCCAAGGCGGCCGCCGCACGCGCUAAGCAAUCUCCCGCUGAGAAGGCGGAUUGGGCCAAGCUGAGGGAAGAGGCGCAGCAGGCUUACCGCGCCAUGAAGGAGGGCAAGCAACAACAAGAGCUUACUUCAAAAUUUGUGUGA